CGCAUCACGUGCUUAAUCUCAUAGCUUUUCUCUGCAGCUGUCCCACUCUCGAGCGUGCGAUAGCGUGAAAUUCCAUUUUCUUAAGGAAGGCCUGUUUUAAGUCGGGUAUUGGAGAGAUUAUUUUCCCCAAGAUGUCUGGGAAGGGUGGUGCACCAACAUAUAAAGUUUAUGUCGGUAACCUAGGGUCUAAUGGUUCUAAAGCAGAGCUUGAAAGAGAGUUCGACAGGUUUGGAAGACUCCAUGAUGUGUGGGUAGCUCGGAAUCCACCUGGAUUUGCCUUUGUAGAAUUUGAAGACCUGCGUGAUGCUGAAGAUGCUGUGAAGUCAUUGAAUAAUGCUCGGAUUUGUGGAGAAAGAGUGCGUGUAGAAAUGGCUCGCAACCGUGGCAGAGGUGGUGGGGGAGGGGGAGGGGGUCGAUCAUUUCGCUCAGAUUACCGUGAUGACCGUGGUGGGGGUCGCCGUUUUGAUGAUAGAGCUGAUCGUUUUGAUGACAGGUCCAGGUCACCAUAUAGGUACUACUUAGCUACAUUCCCAAUGAUAACCUCGCCCAACUAGACCACUUUCAUAUGGUUCCGAGCCCAGCUUCCUUCGAAAAGGACUGUCCCCAGCAGCCCCUUCUCCCAAGCCAUCGACCAACCUCUCUUCAACUUCCCACCCACCUCUUUUUCACUACAACUUCCCUCCGUUUUCCAUCAGUUAAUGGUCAUUGUAUUCCUUUCAUGCAUCCUUCAAACUCUUGGCCAGACCUGUGAAAGGUGUUCCUCUAUCCUUUUUAAAAUUCUCGAGCAAUAAUUUGGUCAUCGUGGCAUUUCAAGAUUCAAGGAAUACACAUGCUGACAUAUUUAGGUGUAACUUCAGAAAACUACAGUUCUCCUGGGGCAUGCUUUAGCGACACAUUCUAAGGUCAAGGUAUCUGCAGCCUUCAGAGGGAGACAAGUGUAGUCAACUGGCUAAAACAUGAAUCAUCACAGCGGAGAAACAACUGUCACUAAGUCUUCCUAAUGUCGGACAAUUUGCUGUGUUGUGUCAUUCGCAAUCACCGGUGGCAACUGUCAGCUGUCAGUGACAACACCCAAAGACUCCAGAAAAACUAGCGUGACUCAAAACCUCUCUCCUGCGUGACAUACACCUGUAAAUCAUGCCAGCCAAUUUCUCCCUAACACAGCUUCGUGAAGUUGCCAUUUCAAACUUCAUCUUGAAGCCAUAGGUAGUGUCAUUGUUGUAGCUUGUGUGCACUGUGGAGUAAAGAGGGUGUUAUUUAUCAUUGUGUGGGAUUAAAGAAGGCUACAACUUCAGCCUAAGGCAAGGGAUGUGCGCUGUAAGGGGAUAGAACAUAUUAUUACUUGUGUAAAUAGAUGUGUCUACCUGCUCAUUCUCAGUUAUAAUAGGAAACUAAAAUUUUCCUUGAUAUUUCAAUACACUUUUAAACAAACGGUUGACGAGAAUUCAGAGAAUAGAACAACAAAGACAUGUAUUGUCAUUGAAGGAGGAGAGUUAAUUAUAGUGAAAGUGAAUCAUUCUGAAAGUGAAUCAUUCUGAAGAUGGGUACUUUGUGUCUGUGUACAUGCACAGGUGUAGUUUUAGACUUAAAUAGAGAUUUUGUCACCCAGAUUUUGAAAUGUUGCCUCAUGCAGUAGCCAAGGAUAAAAUUUGUUAGCAUUAAUUUAAUUCAGCAAUAUCAAUUUGCUUAGUGAAGUGGUAAUGCUAACAUUUAACUGGUUGAAAUAAUUUUGAAACAUUUACGCUAUUUUUAGGAUCACCGGCUGUCAGAAUUGAUGCAAGUCAACCCUGGAAACAAUUAUCACACCCUUCAUUGAAGUUCUUUUGUUUUGUUUUUUGUACGACAGGUCACCGCCACGACGAGUGAGAGGAGGAAGGUCUCCUGAAGGCGAC